UUUACCUCCAUGGCAAAAACGCAUCGUGUGCCGCUGACUUUACAUAGCUCACUGGACUUAUCUGAUAUUGUUUCGUUCCUGAAUUCAGAGGGCGGGGAAUUGAUAGAAUCUCAUGUUUAUCUGUUUUUGUUAUACAUUACGCUGAGUGAAAUAUAACCGAUUUCGAAAAUGAUACGCUUUAUCCUUAUACAAAACAGGGCAGGUAAAACUAGAUUAGCAAAGUGGUACAUGAAUUUUGACGAUGAUGAAAAGCAAAAGUUAAUAGAAGAAGUUCAUGCAGUGGUCACUGUCAGAGACGCAAAGCACACAAACUUUGUCGAGUUUCGCAAUUUUAAGAUAGUAUAUAGGCGAUAUGCAGGCUUAUAUUUCUGCAUUUGUGUUGAUGUUAACGAUAAUAAUCUCUGUUACUUGGAAGCAAUCCAUAAUUUUGUGGAAGUAUUGAAUGAAUACUUCCACAAUGUAUGCGAAUUGGAUUUAGUCUUCAAUUUUUACAAGGUCUACACUGUUGUGGACGAGAUGUUCUUAGCAGGUGAAAUCAGAGAAACAAGUCAAACCAAAGUGUUAAAACAACUUCUCAUGUUAAAUUCCUUAGAAUAGACAAAACUCAUAAUUUUGGCUUUAUAUUUACAAGUGAUUUGAAUAUGUAACAUCCAAAUGAAAUAUUUGUUUAUGCUAUGCAGAGUAUGUCAUAUAAAACAUAUACAUUCUAUAUAUAUACAUAUAUAUAUAUAUAUAAUUAUCAUUUAGAUAAUUGUUAACAAUUAUUUGGUGGAGAAUUAGACGUAUAAUACUCUUUAUGUGAAUUUUAUGUUAUGGCUUAUAUUAAAGGAAAAUAAUAGCAUUAAACAUUGCAAAGUAUGACGAAUUAUAGACACGAGGAAAAAAAUAAAAAGAAUAUAUAUCAUGUGCGUUAUAAGAAUAUAAUAAACAUAAAUAUGUGAUAAUGUGUAUAGUAAAAUGUCUUUAUUAUUAUACAUAUUUUACAACAUUUACAUUAUUAAAAUUAUUAUUAAAAUUUGUCUGGAUAUGUAUUGUCAAAACAUAAGAAGAUUUGAUCAUUCAACUUUGGAACAUUGUAUUAUUUUGCAGUCUGCAUAAAGCUACAAGUUUGUUGAAAAUCUA